AUGGCACCAGUCACUUCUACUACUCCAUUAAAAAACUUUGACUAUUUAGUCAUUGGUGGUGGAUCCGGCGGUGUUGCUAGUGCACGUAGAGCAGCCAAAUAUGGAGCUAAAGUAUUACUUAUCGAAGCCAAAUUGAAUAAGUUGGGAGGCACUUGUGUCAAUGUUGGUUGUGUACCUAAAAAGGUCAUGUGGUAUGCUGCUGAUUUAGCUCACAAGAAACAUGAUUUGUACCCAUACAAGUUGUCGCAACAAGAGGAAUCGGUUAAAUAUGGCGAUUUUGACUGGGCUGGUUUCAAGCAGAAACGUGAUGCUUAUGUUCAUCGAUUAAAUGGCAUUUAUGAGAAUAAUUUGAAACGUGAAAAAGUUGAUUAUGUAUUUGGAUUUGCGAGAUUCAUUAAUGAAAAGGGCGAUGUUGAAGUGACGUUAUCGGGGGAUCAAAACUUGCCAUUUUUAGAGAAGGAGUAUAAGAAAGAUGAUAAGCUUGUAUUUUCUGGUGACAAGAUUCUUCUUGCUACUGGUGGCACCCCCAUCGUUCCACCCAAAAUUGAAGGUGCCUCAUUGGGUAUUACAUCUGAUGGGUUUUUUGAAUUGGAACACCAACCAAAAAGAGUUGCCAUUGUUGGUGCUGGAUAUAUUGGUGUUGAAUUUUCUGGUGUUUUCAAUGCAUUGGGAAGUCAAGUUGAUUUUAUCAUCCGCGGUGAUACUGUGUUGCGUUCAUUUGAUGAUAUCAUUCAAAAUACCAUUACUGAUUAUUAUACUGAUAAGUUGGGAAUCAAUAUUAUCAAACAAAGUGGUGGUGUUGUUAAAGUUGAAGGAGAUAAAAAUGGUGGCCGCACCAAGAAAGUCACAUUGGGUAAUGGCUCCACUCUUGAAGUUGAUGAAUUGAUUUGGACUGUUGGAAGAAAAUCACUUGUUGAUUAUGGAUUGGAUAAAGUUGGAGUCAAGCUUGAUUCUCAUUCCAAAGUCAUUGUUGAUGAGUAUCAAGUCACCACCAACCCCAAGAUUUUCUCACUUGGUGAUUUAAUUGCCGAAGCUGAAUUAACACCAGUGGCAAUUGCAGCAGGACGUAGAUUAUCCAAUCGUUUAUUUGGUGGUGAAGAAUUUCGCAAUGAUCGUUUAGAUUACACUAAUAUUCCCUCGGCCAUUUUCUCACAUCCAGAAGCAGGAUCAAUUGGACUCACUUCAAAACAAGCCAUUGAGAAAUAUGGUGAGUCAAAUGUAAAAAUCUACAAUUCUAAAUUUACAGCCAUGUAUUAUGCCAUGAUGGAUAGUGAUAAAGAUAAAGCUCCCACUGCUUAUAGAAUUGUUUGUGCUGGACCUGAAGAAAAAGUUGUUGGAUUACACAUUGUUGGUGAUAACAGUGGUGAGAUUUUACAAGGUUUUGGUGUGGCUAUCAAGAUGGGGGCAACAAAGAAGGAUUUUGAUAAUUGUGUUGCUAUCCAUCCAACCUCAGCUGAAGAGUUGGUUACAAUGACAUAG